AUGAAGCAAUCAAGCAAGAUGAUUUUUGUGCCCAAACCGACGGCAACCAAGACAGAUCCGAGUGCAUCACGUGCUACGGCUGCUACUACGGAGGAAGAACCAACCAUACCAGUGGAUAGUAGAGAUGUUAUUAAAUUAAUGAUGCAAUUUUGUAUGGAAAAUAAUUUAAUGGAGACUUUCCGAGCACUAAGCCAAGAAACCGGAAUUUCCUGUAAUACCAUGUUGCCUCAUGCACGAAGGAAAUUCAUUUCAUUUAUUGAGAAGGGAAUGUGGUCCCAAGUAUUAGAAUUUUUACAACAACCCUAUUUAACCUUUUCCAAAUCUCUGUUAUUUAAAUUAUAUGAACAAAUUAUUUUGGAAUUGAUUGAAUUAAAUGAAGACCAAGUGGCAAGAUAUUUAUUUACAAAUGUGAAAAUAAUUUCUCAUGACCUUAGCGUAGAGGAACCAUCAAGGUAUAAGAAAUUGGAACAUGUGAUUUCUACUUCAAAACAUUUUGAUGCAUUGAUUGCUUAUGACGGUAAAAGGAAAGAAGAUAUCCGAAUGGAAAUUUCUUCAUUGUUUCAACAAGAAAUUGCUGAUGUACCAGCCAGCUCUCUUUUAAACAUUAUCGGAAAUGCCAUAGAAUUUCAACGUGCACGACAAGGAGAAGAUUUUGAUCCUAACACAUUUGCCUUGUUAGAUCAUACUAUGAAGAAAAUUAAAAAGACAGCACGAGUUGCUAAAAAAGAGGAAGCAGUACCAUUGGAAGAAAAUACACAAGUUUCGCAAGAUACUUCUGGAAAUGACUUAAUAUUGCUUGAGAAGCCAUACAAAAUGAUCAAAUUUGGAAAAACCACCAAAGUUAAUUGUUGUCAUUUCAUUACAGAUUAUUUCAUUGUUGGAACCACUGAUGGAUUUGUUGAAAUCUAUGAUUACCUGACUGGAAAGUUGAACAAGGAACUGGCUUUUCAAGCUAGUAAUGAUCUCAUUGUUCAUGAAGACUCUGUCACAUGCUUCAACACCAAGUUACAACCUAGUGGAAUUUUGCUGGCAUCUGCAUCGUUGGACAAGACCAUCCGAAUAUGGAACAUGUUGACAGGAAAGUGCUUAUUGAAAAUUCCAACAGCGACUGCUGCAACAUGUAUUUGUUUCUCAGAUUAUGACAACACCAUCAUCUCGGGUUAUCCAAACGGCUCCAUUAAGGUACAUGGAUUGACUUCUGGAGGAGUUGAAUUGAAAGAUUUAGGAGGUCAUAGAUCAUUUAUCAAUUCAAUUCUUCAACUGAGUAGUGAAAAGUUAUUGUCAUGCAGUAGUGAUGGAUCCAUUCGGCUGUGGAAUUUAAAAUCUCAAGUGUGUGAACGGGUUUACACCAUUCACUCCAUGAAACGAGGAUUGGAUGAUUCAGAAACUCAUACCAAUGUGGACCUUCCCAUUCAUAGCAUUGCAUUCUACCCAACCUCUCAGGAUCACUUGAUUGUGUGUUAUCAAUCUCAUUACUUGAUUGUGUUGGAUUUGAAAUCUGGAAAGGAAACAUUUAAAUUUGUAGCGCCGAAAGAAGGGGAUGCCUUUGUGAGUGUCAGGGUGCACGGUCAGUAUCUGUACGGAGUGACGGUGACCAAUAAGUAUUGUCUCUAUCAAAUACCAGCACAACCAUCUGAAACGAUUGAAGAAGUGACAGCUCUACGAGUGGACACCAUUCAACAACACAAGAAACCAGUGAAUGGAAUUUUAAAACAUCCCUCUGAAUCGAUUCUUGCAACCUAUUCAUCGGAUGUGGUGUGUCUGUGGAAAUAA